UCUUCCACAGAGAAGAAGUAUCUGUUAAAUGUGGCCAAAGCAAAUGCUUCCAGGAUUCUGGGAGUGCAGAACUUAGAGCUGCCAGCUAGCCUGAAGGAGCUGGAGGAGGAGGAGAAGAGGAGAUCUUCAUCAGAUAAAGAGGAAAGGGUGAGCGCAGACCGGGCACCACAGAAGACUCCAGCACAGGUAAACGUUGUUGCCAAUGAUGAUGGCGAGGCAGAGGCUUCUCCGACGUCUCCCAAGAGAAAGCCAAUUAACUUCAGCAUCAACAAUACCAUCGCCAGACCGUCAAACAGCCCAACAGUCCAUGACAGUAAGGUAACAUCAAGAGCCGACAGCGUAGCAGACAGGAAGCCAUAUGGACAGUGGGUCCCCAUCAGCAGAUCCUCUUCUAAAAAAUAAACACUGAGAUUCAACAGUGAUGUAAAAAGACUGUAUAUAGUGUAAAUAGUUUGUGUAGUGAUCACUUAGGGUAGUGUAGGAUGGGGUGGGUGAUUAGGGGACACCUGAAUUCAUCAUAAAUGUUUUCUUUCAGAUAUAAAGUGGGUUUUGUGGAAGAAGGCAAGAGGAUGUCAGACAGGUGGGAAAUAUUGUGUACAUUGUGGGUUUUUUGUGUGUGUGUUGUACAGUGGAUGUUUCUAAAUAAAAAUGCAAAAAAAAAAA